CUCAAUGUUUCAUAUAUCGGUGUAUACCGUCUAUCGAUGUAAUCCGAAACAUGCCGAAUAUCGAUCACGUGAACGGGUACCUGCACUUCGUAUUGUUUAUAUUCAUUCGAGAGAACUGUCAGCUACAAACAUAUAAAGAUCAUGUCGUUUCUACGCACAAUGGCCUGCAGAUUGACUUCCAGAGGAUAUUGGAGGCUGGCGGAAGUCAAGCAAUUGAUCAAAUUCAGGUUGACAGUUCAAGUACUGAUACAUUCCAGGUUAUGUGUAGGGUGAACAAUGUGAACCAGUUGUUUAAAAUCGCUACAUUGAAGGUUCAAUAUAAGACAAGUGCAAAUGCCCAAGACUUUACGGACCUAGCCUUACUGCAGAAUAUUGAUGACACCAAUGUAGACACACACCAGAAACCUGUGUUAGCAUCUGGUGCAGGUUCAGGCUGGACUGCAGAGGGAAGUUUUGAUACAACAAAUGGUAACGGAAGGGAUAGUACCUUGGGCGUGUCUCGUCCUGUUUCUUCUAUAACCUGUAGUAAUGCCGUCGAGUACAGAUGUUAUAUUUCUUACACAAAGCCUGGGCCUGAUUAUAUUUCAGCCGUUGGCAUUAUAUCAAAAGAGCUUGAUGUUCAAGUUUUACCUACUACCAUCACAAAGAAUGUCUACAACAUGAGUAGCUUGAGUGGCUCGCUCCAAGUAACUCUGUUUGACACGAUUGAACCCUUCUAUGUGGGACAAACUGUCAGGAUGGAGUGCUCGGCCAACAUUGGCUCCUAA